UUCGAGAUUCUGUUGGUACUCUAGCCUCGCUGUCUACUUACAUACUGAAAAAAUAACAAUAUACGUAAUUCCUUAAACACACGCGAGCGCGUGCACUCACGCACACACGUAUACGAUCACGUGCGCUCGCGCGUACGCAUCAGUGUUUUUUUUUGGAAAAAUAUAAUAAUUUUUUAUCUUCCUAAUUAUCCCCUUAAAAAUUGACAUCAAUUCACAAUGCGCAACUAUUUUAUGACACCUUUGGCAGUAGUCUUCAUUGCCACGACGGCAACCCUAGUGUCUGGUCAAUACGAUCAGCAAAGGGACAACUACGUCAACGACUAUCAGAACGAACAACAACAACAACACGCUCAACCAAUUCCCAGAAGUUAUGCCUCAGCGCCGAAGGAACCCGAAAAACCAAAACCCACACCAGUCGCAAUUUUAAAACAAAUCAAUCGCCACAAUGAAGACGGCUCCUACACCUACGGCUUCGAGGGAGCCGAUGGUUCAUUCAAAAUCGAAACAAAACUACCAACUGGUGACGUGAAAGGAAAAUACGGAUUCGUCGACGAUUCAGGAAAGGUCCGCGUUGUCGAGUACGGUGCAAAUCAGUACGGCUUCCAACCAGCCGGCGAGGGAAUCACCGUAGCACCACCAACUCUAGUCGACGAGACCACUGGUCGUGAAGGCCUCGAGGGCCAAAAUCAAUAUCCGGAUUACGAUUACAGACAGGGACAACAGCAGCAGGCAGCCGCUCCACGUCCAGCUCCGGCUCCAGCACAACCACGAGAACAAUAUCGACCUCAAUACGAAUCGCAAUCACACACUCAGGCCAUUUAUGCACCAGCUCAAAGAACACCAACACUGUCCACUGCUCCCAAGCAGCAGCCAAUCUUCACUCCUGCAGCACCCAGACAAUCGCAAAUUCUCCAAGCACAACAACGUCCCCUCUAUGAUGAACAGGCACCAAGUUCUCAGGCCUAUAAUCAGGGACCAGUGCAAUUUGGACCAUCUCAUCUUCCCGAACAACGUGCCCAACCACAAGCUCGCAGCAAUCCCCCUGGCGGAAUUCUCGAUCAACUCGCUAGAGAUUAUGCCCUGCCACAAGAUGUCGCACCCCCUCUCCACGAUAUUAGCUUUGGCUAUUACUAAUUAAAAAAAUAAGUCAAUCUUUGCUUAUCGGACUUAGGGAUAAUUACCUCGUCUUUUUCGCAAAACUCUCCGUUUUAUGAAAGAGAAUAAAGACCCUUGUUUUCUACUUUUCCGAUUAGCAGCUGAAUUCCCAUUUUGAAGAAAAUUUCUGUUCUUUUAUUUCUGUAAAUAAAACUUUCCGUGUGGAAACACAAAAAAAGGCAAAUUCUAGCCAACUAUCAAGGAAUUUGGUUAAAGUAAAGAAACUCUGAACCAUGCAAAGGAAAAAGUAGUUCAGAAACCUUCAAAUUUUUAUAUUUUAACUGUCGAACCAUAUGAAAAAAAUAUUUUAACCCCUUCACUGUCACUGACCUCUAGAGAGGCACAAAAAUGUUGUGCCCUGUAUGUCCACGACCCCUAUAGGGGCAUCGAAAAGAAAACAUUUCAAAGUUAACGAAUCUGGCUAAAAUUGUUUACUCUGGGGUUUUCGGGGCCCUUAAAUCCAAAUCCGUUGUCGAAAAUUCAAAAUGUCGACCAAAAAGAAUUUAAAAGCUAACGAAUCUGUCUGAUAAUGCCUACUCGGGGUCAUUGAAUCCAAAUCCGUGGUCAAGAAUCCAAAAUUUAAACUGGCAACCAAAACAAAUAUUAAAUUUAACGUAUUCGUUAACCUUCAAAUUCCUUUGGUCACCAUUUUGAAGCCGCCAUUUUAAAUUUUGAAUUUUUGACCACGGAUUUAAAAGUUAACGAAUCUGACUAAAAAUGUUUACUUAGGGGUUUUUGGGGUCGCUGAAUCCAAAUUCGUUGUCAAAAUUCC